UAUGAUGAGGUAAAAAUAUUACCACACAAAAAGAUAAAAAGGAUAAAAGGAAAAAAACAGACUACACAGAAUAAGAUAUUAGAUGCGAGUGAAAUUAAAUUUGACGAUAAGAUAAGAAUUGUAACAUUAAGCCAAGAUGAAAUUAUCGGAGAAAGAAAAAGGGAUACUCUGUAUGAAUACUAUUUGAACAAACCAUUCAAAUGUGAAAAUUGCAUCAUCGGGUUUACUCAUGAACACAUAUUUGAUUUACAUUUGAAACAAAAACAUGAAAUGAGAGAAGGGGCCCUUUUAUGUGAGAUAUGCAAGUGUUACUUAAACAAUGACAAAGAACUGAAGAGCCAUUUGAGACAACACAUUGUACGUUACGAAUGCAAGGAAUGUGGGGUACGUAAACGUGAUCGUAACACUGCCAUAAAUCAUUACCAAAAACACCAUGAAGAAAUACCAAUGACUUUCAUUUGUGAACAAUGUGGUUUUACUACUGAUUCGUACAAGAACUAUCGUUCUCAUACCUACAGCCAUAAAGAUAGAGUACCUUGUAAAAUAUGUGGAGGAACGUUUGCAAAUCAAAAUGUACUUACAAAACAUAUCUUUAAAAUGCAUGGUUCACCCGAACCUGUGUCAUGUAAGACAUGUGACAAGAAAUUCAAGACUGACAUACAAUUGAAGAGACACGAAUACCUUCAUGAGACUGCAGAACCCUCCGCAGACAAAUUUUGUGACACCUGUAAAACGUACUUCCGUUCCCGAAGAUUGUUGAAGUUACAUUUGAAGAAUCAUUCAAAACAUCUCAAGGAUGCUGAUAAAAGGUUUACGUGUUUUGAAUGUGGUAUUAAAUAUACUGAAAAAGCACGCUUAAAAGAUCACGUUGAUUGGGAACAUCUCAAAUUGAGAAAUUAUGUUUGUACGCUUUGCUCCAAGGAAUUUGAAACUAAACGUUGUAUGACACGACACGUUAUGUACGUUCAUGAUAAAAUAAAACGGCCGAAGAACAAAAUCUGCGAUCUUUGCGGUACAGGAUUCUCUAAUUUGAGGUUACUACAAUCUCAUAUCCGAACACACACAGGCGAGAGACCCUUCAAAUGUGAAAUCUGUGAGAAGACAUUCGGUUUCAAAGCUUCUUUAUAUACACAUAACAGACUUAUACAUGAGAAGCUUAAACGAAAAUCUUAUCCAAAAAAAAAAUAAGUCAGUUCCUAUUUAGGAUAGAAUAUUGUCCAACAAUCGUGGCGGUCUUUGGGGGAGGCCUAUGC